CUGCUCUUCAGCCGGUGUGUGGCACGGCGAGAGGCAUUGCAGGGAGAGUCCACUCGACGCUCGGUCCGGAGAACGUGACCAGGACCACUGUCUCAGACCAGAGGCAGGCGCGUAGCCGAGCGGAAGCUGGUGCGGCCGGAGUCCGAGUGCGGCCGGAGUCCGAGUUCUGCAGGCGGGAAGCACCCGGGAUAGGGGAAGCCCCAGGAGCAGCGCGGCGGCGCCUCCCUUACCCAAGGGGCCGAGGCGACGGUCACGGGGCGCGGCGCCACAGCGCGCGACCCAGGCCAGGAUUCCAAACAGGCAGCCCAGGCUCCUCCUCCACCGGGCCGCCUCACCUGCGGACAGCGCUGCGCCGCCUCCGCCGGUGUAGAGGGCACCUGCGCCGCUUCGCUCACGGGUCUCCGCCCCUCGCCCCUCAGUUCGGGGCCGGGGCAGCGCACCUGGACGCGUGAGGCUGCAGGAGCCCCGGCUCGGGGCGCGCAGCGGCUUCGCCACCGCCCGGGGAGGACGCAGGUGGAGCGGGCGUGUCUUCGUGGAAGCCGGCGCCUGCCGCUGCGGUCGUCCCGGUCGCUGCCGGGUCCCGGGCACCGGGCAGUCCGCUCCCGCUCCCGGGGAGGAGCCGCCGCCGCUGGGCACCAUGAACAGUAGCAGCGCCCACAUCACCUACGCCAGUCGCAAGCGGCGGAAGCCGGUGCAGAAAAUUGUCAAGCCAAUCCCAGCUGAUGGAAUCAAGUCAAAUCCUUCCAAGCGACAUAGAGACCGACUUAAUACAGAGUUGGACCGUUUGGCUAGUCUGCUGCCUUUUCCACAAGAUGUUAUUAAUAAGCUGGACAAACUUUCAGUUCUUAGGCUCAGUGUCAGUUACCUAAGAGCCAAGAGCUUCUUUGAUGUUUCCUUACAGUCCUCCCCAGCUGACAGGAAUGAAGUCCAGGAAAACUGUAGAACAAAAUUCAGAGAAGACCUGCAUCUGCAAGAAGGAGAACUCUUACUACAGGCUCUCAAUGGCUUUGUGCUGGUUGUCACCACAGAUGCUUUGGUCUUUUAUGCUUCUUCUACCAUACAAGAUUACCUAGGGUUUCAGCAGUCUGACAUCAUACAUCAGAGCGUAUAUGAACUUAUUCAUACUGAAGACCGAGGUGAAUUUCAGCGUCAGCUACACUGGACAUUAAACCCUUCACAGUGUACAGACUCUGGACAAAGAAUUGAUGAAGCUAAUGUCCUGCCACAGGCAGUAGGCUGUUAUACCCCAGACCAGCUUCCUCCAGAAAACUCUUCCUUUAUGGAAAGGAGCUUUGUGUGCCGACUCAGAUGUCUCCUGGAUAAUUCAUCUGGUUUUCUGGCAAUGAAUUUCCAAGGCAGGUUAAAGUAUCUUCAUGGACAGAACAAGAAAGGGAAAGAUGGAUCAGUACUACCACCUCAGUUGGCUUUGUUUGCCAUAGCGACUCCCCUUCAGCCACCAUCCAUCCUGGAGAUCCGAACCAAAAAUUUCAUCUUCAGAACCAAACACAAACUAGACUUUACACCCACUGCUUGUGAUGCCAAAGGAAAACUUGUUUUAGGCUAUAGUGAAGCAGAGUUGUGCAUGAGAGGAUCAGGAUAUCAAUUUAUUCAUGCUGCUGAUAUGCUUUAUUGUGCUGAGUACCAUAUCCGGAUGAUUAAGACUGGAGAGAGUGGCAUGAUAGUAUUCAGACUUCUUACCAAAGAAAAUCGAUGGACCUGGGUUCAGUCUAAUGCACGCUUAGUGUAUAAAAAUGGAAGACCAGAUUAUAUCAUUGCAACUCAGAGACCUCUAACAGAUGAAGAAGGAACAGAACAUUUACGAAAGCGAAAUAUGAAGUUGCCAUUUAUGUUUACUACUGGAGAAGCUGUGUUAUAUGAGAUAACCAGUCCUUUUCCUCCCGUGAUGGAUCCCUUACCAAUAAGGACUAAAAAUGGUACAAGUGGGAUAGAUUCUGCUACCAAAUCAGCUCUCAAUAAGGAUUCUCUCAAUCCCAGUUCCCUCCUGGCUGCCAUCAUGCAACAGGAUGAAUCUAUUUAUCUCUAUCCCGCCUCAGGUAGCACCCCGUUUGAAAGAAAUCUUUUUAAUGAACCUGUGAAUGAAUGCAGUAAUUGGCAAGACAAUAUCGCACCAAUGGGAAGUGACGGUAUCCUGAAACAUGAGGAAAUAGAUCAUUCUCGGGAAAUGAACCCAACACUCUCUGGAGGUCCAACAGGGCUCUUUCCAGACAACAGAAAUAGUGACUUGUAUGGCAUUAUGAAACAGCUAGGCAUUGAUUUUGAAGAUAUCAAACACAUGCAACAGAAUGAGGAAUUUUUCAGAACUGACUUUUCGGUUGAGGAUGACUUCCGAGAUAUUGACCUAACAGAUGAAAUCCUGACCUACGUCCAAGGUUCCUUAAGCAAGCCCACCGUCGGGUGUUCAGACUACCCGCAGCCACAGUCCCUGGCUCUGGCCUCGAGCUGUGUGGUGCAGGAGCCCCUGCAGUUCGAACAGCCGCAGCACCGCCCAGAGCACGGGGCCGUGGAGCGGGCACAGCUGUGUCAGAAAAUGCAGCACAUGCAAGUUAACAGCAUGUUUGCCAACUGGAACCCUCACCCAUCCGUACCUCGGAGUUGUCCUCAGCAAGAUCUGCAGCAGUAUAGUGUCUUUUCAGACGUCCCUGGCACCAGCGAAGCGUUUCCCUACACACCUGAGAGCAAUCCUGUGCCAUACACACAGACCUUUAUUCCCUGUCAUCAGCCUGUGUUACCACAGCAUUCCAACGGGACACAGUUAGGCUUUCCCAUAGGGAAUUUUGAACCAUCCCCAUACCCUACGAAUAAUUUAGAAGAUUUUGUCACAUGUUUACAAGUUCCUGAAAACCAAACCCAUGGACUGACUCCAGAGUCAACCACAGUAAGUCCUCAGGCCUGUUAUGCCAGGGCCAUGUCCCUGUACCAGUGCCAGCCGGAGCCACCGCCCAGCAGUGUGGCCCCCAUGCCCUACGAUCCAGCGACAGCACCACAGGCAUUUUUAAACAAGUUUCAGAAUGGAGGAGUUUUAAAUGAAACCUAUCCUGCUGAAUUAAAUAAUAUAGAUAACACUCAGACUACCACACAUCUUCAGGCCCUUCAUCACCCAUCAGAAGCCAGACCUUUCCCUGAUUUGACAUCCAGUGGAUUCCUAUAAUUCCAACCCCGUUUUAUGCACCUUGGUUUUCGGAUGAGUUUGCAGAAGAUUACAGAAUAAAAACUGUCAGUGUUGGUCAUCAGCAAGUUUCCAUGGAGGCAUUGUUGUGUGUUGUUGUUUGUGCUAUUUCUCCAAACCAAUGUUUUUAAGAGUUAAAAAAAAUUAUCAAAAAUAACAUAUCCUAAAAUCAUUAAAAUAGAAAAUGUGCCGCCCCAGAGGGUGAGAGUCCAUCUCUAUUUCACGUGAUUCUGAGUACCAGGGAAUAUACAAAACUUAUUUAGGGGAACUUUAGGACACUUUUAAAUUUCUGUCCGAAAAAAAAAAAAAUACUUUUGAGUUUUAAACUUCUACAUUGUCAAUACGCCAAAUACAGAAUUAAACUCCUUUUAUUUUUGGCUUCGGCUUUUAUCUCCGAUAUUAAAAUAAGUGGUGUGGUGCUUUUAUAAAAGAUAAUCUCAGUGCUUUCCUCCUUCAUUGUUAAUAUAAGUGCCUCACAAUUUUUUAUACCUCUAACACUGUAGGAUGUAUAUUUGAUAGAAAAUAUACCUUUUUUAAUUAAUAACAUUCUACGCACAAAUAUUAUUUGUAUUUCUUAAAUUCAGUCAUUUUUAUUAUUCCAAGCAUGUUUUAACUGCACUACUCACCCACUCUCUUCAGGAAAAGGGCAAAUAAUGAUUGAGAAGAUAUUUAUUAUAUAAUCCAGUUGCUUCUAGACUCUAAAUGUUGCUCUGUGCCUUAUGUUGAAAAAUUUUGAGAGUAAAAUGUGUUUCUGAAUUAUUUUUUGAUCAUCAUAUAAACAUUAAGACCACAGCACUAAAAUUUCAACAGUGUUUUCAGAAGAAAGAGAGAUACUACCAUUUACCUUUACUAAAAUCUCCGUGAUCACUGAAUGUUGCAAUGUGGAAAAAUCUGCUUGAAUGCAACCAUGUUUAUUAACUUGCAAUGAGGAGAAGUAGCUUUAUUUCUAGCUCUUUAAUCACCCAUUUCAAUGUGUAUAAAUUCUUUAAAAACUAUUUUAGAUCUAGAAUGAGCUUUAAGGUAUAAUGUGUUGACUUUAUAAAUUUCACUUCUUAAUACAGUGGAAACUAUUUUUCUCAUAUUUGAGGAGUGUUAAGAUGGAAUAUAGCAAUGUUUGAUGCGAAGUAUUGUUAUGAGUGAAAUGAAUGGUGCAAUUAUAGUUUAUAAUGAACAAAAUUAUUUGUAAAAUAUUUUCAAUCUUUCAUUUAAAAAGUCUAUACCCUAUAUAUGCACCUAAUUUGGGUCUUACAUAUUUUAUCAGUGCAUCUUUUUAAGAAAUCAUACAAUGAAUGCAACUGCUUUUACCUUGGUAUUAAGACAACCAUGCAGUUCUCUUAACUUCAAACAUUAUGUUGUUUAUAUGAUAUAAUGACCUUUAUUAUCAGUACAGCAAAUUAAUCACUCUACUAAGUUUACCAUCCUCGGGUGAUUUAAAAAAAAAAAAACCCUUUUACUUAAAUGUGACAUCUGAAGGGCAGACACAGAUUGCAUGUAGUAUAUAAAAACAUGAUGGAAUCUCAAACAGAGAUGUAGUAUUAAAAUACAAUAUUUUUCAUUUUUUAGUAAAUCAAUGUAUAUAAAAGGCUUCAGACAAAAUAUGUCAGUUAUAUGCAUUUUCAGUCAAAAUUUUCAAUCUGUAGCAUCAAUUUAAAUGUUGAAAAAAUAGAUUCAUCUAAACCAUUUCAUAAUUUGUUUUCAGCACGAGGUAACACUGAAGAUUUAGAGCAGGGUCUGCAUUAAUAUUCCAUUUUUUUACAUUUAAGCCUUUCAUUAAAAGUCUUCAUGUAACCAUUUUUGUUAGUCUUUUUCCACGUUUUUGAGUGAAUUAUUUAGCAGAUAAAUAGGCUUAUUUUACAUUGUGAAUAGGAUGACAGUUAUGCACUUAUACAGUUACAAAAUUUUAAAGCAAUACUGUAUAUUUUUAUCUAUAUAAAAUAACUAAAAUGUAUCUAAUAACAACAAAAUCACAUUAAACCAAAUAUACAUUUGUCUGUAUUGCUAAGGGCCAAAGGAUGCUGUGUGUGUCCCCGCUGUAACGAGGGAUUCAUUUUUACAUGAUGUGCACUUCUGAGGAUAUGGAUGUGUCUAAUUUGAACUUCUAUACCAGUUUGUUCUUCUCGUGUCUGAAGAUUUACCAGUGUUUCAAUGUAGUAGGAACCUUUCAGUCAUCACUAUGCUGUACCAUCUCGUGUUUCUCAGUAUUACCAAAUCUUAGGUAGAUGUUUUCAUGGCUUUUCUCUUUUCUUCAAAAUGUUACUGCUUACCUAUUAUGCCAUGCAUACAUUUUUGUUUAAAAUAUGAUUUAUCCUUAUCAAAAUUGUAUACAAUAAUAUAUGGUAAUAAAAUAAUCACUAAGUGUAAAUAAUAUGUUUUAAUGUAAAUUCUUUCUGGUCCGUAUAGAGGAAAUGAACAUGUUUAGUAUAGUAUUAUAACUGUGUUAGAUGAAGGCAAUCUAUAAUAUUUAAGGACACAUUAAACAGUAAUUCAUAAACUUCUUAUAAAGUUCUGCCCCUGGAUAUUUUAGCCUUUACCUGAAUUUAUAUUUUUUAUAAAAACACCCUUCAAAUAACUUCAUAAAGUGCUUCUGAAAUAGAAUGUUCUUUUAAAUUUUGUAUUAGUGUUAUAGAUGUAAUGGUGUUAAUAUCUCAGAUUAAAUUUUAAAAUUCCAUUUUAAUAUUUCAAGAAUAUUUGACAAAUUUUUAAAACAACUCAUCAUGUGGGUGCCUGGGUGGCUCAUUUGGUUAAGCGACUGCCUUCGGCUCAGGUCAUGAUCCUGGAGUCCCAGGAUCGAGUCCCGCAUCAGGCUCCCUGCGACCCUCCUCCCUCUCAUGUGCUCUCUCUCUCUCUCUCUCUCUCUCAAAUAAAUAAAUAAAAUCUUUUAAAAAAAUAAAAAUAAAUAAAACAACUCAUCAUGUGCUUAGAUUAGAAUAAGUAUGGCUCAAGCCUAUAUCCUCUAACAGAUACAAAUGAUAAGCCUUCGGUGUCAAAUUCCUGACUAUUAAAACAUUCACCAAGAAUUCUGCAGUUAGAAUUAUUUGAAGAAAAAAGUCUGAGAAAAAUGAAGUUUUCUUUUUUUUUUUUUUAAAGAUUUUAUUUAUUUAUUUGAGAGCGAGACAGAGAUAGUGAGAAGAGAGCAUGAGCAGGGAGGAGAGAGAGAAGCAGGCUCCCACUGAGCCGGGAGCCCGAUGUGGGACUCGAUCCCAGGACCCUGGGAUCAUGACCUGAGCUGAAGGCAGAUGCUUAACCGACUGAGCCACCCAGGUGUCCCGAAAAAUGAAGUUUUCAUUCUAAUAACAUUUUUCUUAUAUUAGUCUUAUGUUCAGCCUUUAUAAUUAUUAGGGAUUUUUGUCAACAUCUCGAUACCUAAAUCUAACAAUUUAGUGCCAUACUUAAUUCUGAACACUUUAGAAAGACUGAGUCUGUUACCUAAGAGUUACAUAAAAUACUGAAUUUUAACCAUUUGACUGGAAAACAUCCAGUACAAAUCCAGAUAAUCAUAUUUCUGAUCUUUGCUUUCACUCAAAUGGCUUCUACUAGCAGGAAUGACUUCAACUUGCCCUCUUUCACCAAGCCUACCAGACACGGACCCAGUAGUGUUAGCUACUCACGGGAUAAUAAAUACGUCACUAAUUUUUCCCCCAGUGUCUGCAGAUGACUUUGCUGGCAGUUUUACUAAUAAAAUUGAAAUCAUCAAACACCCUAACACAUCCUCAAGAUGUCCGCACCUUCAGCUCAAACACAUCACUGUCCUUGAUCUCUGAGGUUCACCUCUAGUAUGUGAGGAGAGGUUCCCCUAACUCCAAGAAGAAUGCCCUUCCUUUCCAAGUCUUGUGCACAUUUCCCCGUCCAGUCUUGUCUCCCCCUCUCCAUAAACUUCCCUGGGUGCAGGUUCUCCCUCCAUCCUGGAAAUAAUCACUUGGCCCUGCCACCUUUUAUUAUUAAAUUCUUUAUCUCCUUUCUCUAAAACAAUUUUUGAUCUGAAAUUUGGUUUUAUUUUCCACCCUUCCAUUACACUGCUUUGUGGAAGUUCACUUAAUUCCCUCCUUGCUGUAAGCUGAUUUGCUGUGGCCCCGCAGCCAAGUUCAACCCUCAAUGCACUUUUUUCCUCCCUUAGUUUCCGUGUUAUUAAUUCUCCUGCAACCUCCUAUCACUCCCGCUCUUUCCUUUGUUAGCUACUCUCCCCCCUUCCCAUCUGGCAACAGGCUUAGUUCUGACCAUUUGUGAUUUUUUUUUUCUCUAUAUACUAUACCUUUGGAAGCACAUCCAUUCUGCUACUCCUGCCUUUAUGAAUUGCUUCAAAGUCUGUUAUCUCACCUCUAAAAAAGGGGGUGAGAUAAAAAGACACCUCAUUACUGAUUGACAUUUGUGGAACAUCCUUUUCCUCUGAAAAUGUAGCAAAGCUAAGCACACAGACCCUGGACUCUCAUUCCUGGCUUUCCACAUGUGUGAUAGGAAUCACUGGGAAGGUUUGUUACUCUCUGAGUCAGAGUUUCUACAAAAUAAGGGUAAUGGUAAUACCUGCCUCACUGGAUUGUUGGAGGAUUCAAUAAAUAAUUUAUGUAAAAGUAUUUAGUU